GCAGGCCCUCUGGACGUCUGAGCACCGCGUUCUGCUCCGGAGAAGCCGACGCCUCCCGCGAUGCCCGCCCCACCGUGCACCUCCUGCCACACGGCACGAGCUGCCCUCCGCCGCCCGCGCUCGGGACACGCGCUGUGUGGCGCCUGCUUCUGCGCCACCUUCGAGGCCGAGGUGCUGCACACGGUGCUCGCGGGCCGCCUGCUGCCUCCGGGUGCAGUGGUGGCCGUGGGCGCCUCGGGUGGCAAGGACUCCACCGUGCUCGCGCACGUGUUGCGCGAGCUCGCGCCGCGCCUGGACAUCUCGCUGCAGCUCGUGGCUGUGGACGAGGGCAUUGGCGGCUACCGGGACGCGGCGCUGGCGGCUGUGCAGCGCCAGGCAGCGCGCUGGGAGCUGCCGCUCACCGUCGUGGCCUACGCAGACCUCUUCGGGGGCUGGACGAUGGACGCCGUGGCCCGCAGCACGGCCGGCUUGGGCCGCAGCCGCUCCUGCUGUACCUUCUGCGGGGUGCUGCGGCGCCGAGCGCUGGAGGAAGGGGCGCGCCUCGUGGGAGCCACGCACAUUGUGACGGGUCACAACGCUGACGACAUGGCGGAGACGGUGCUCAUGAACUUCCUGCGGGGCGACACGGGGCGGCUGGCCCGGGGCGGGGGCCUGGGCUCGCCGGGCGAGGGGGGCGCCCUGCCGCGCUGCCGCCCGCUGCAGUUCGCGUCGCAGAAGGAGGUGGUGCUGUACGCGCACUUCCGCCGCCUCGACUACUUCUCCGAGGAGUGCGUCUACGCGCCCGAGGCCUUCCGCGGCCACGCCCGCGACCUGCUCAAGCGCCUGGAGGCGGCGCGGCCGUCGGCGGUGCUGGACCUCGUGCACUCGGCCGAGCGCCUGGCGCUGGCCCCGGCCGCGCUGCCCCCGCGCCCCGGCGCCUGCUCCCGCUGCGGGGCGCUCGCCAGCCGCGCGCUCUGCCAGGCCUGCGCCCUCCUGGACGGCCUGAACCGCGGCCGGCCGCGCCUGGCCAUCGGCAAGGGCCGCCGGGGGCUGGACGAGGAGGGGCCGCCUGGGGAUCGGGCCCGGCCCCCUGCCUCGGAGGCCAUCCCCGCCUUCUAGAGACCGCAGGCCUCCGGCUGGGAUCCGAGCUCCGGGGGUGGGGCUGCCUGUACAUAGCGCUGUGAAUAAAGCGGAGUUUCUCUCCCUGGCCUUCCGUGCGGGGUUGGGAGGAGGGCAGGGAGCCAGUGACCUGUAACCCUGCAGAAGGGGGGGGCGGGGAGCGGGCAUAUGUCUGGGUCUGAGGGAGGAGGGUUCUCGGGGUGGGCUACUGGGACUGAGGGAGGACGGGGC